UCGUCAGCCAACCAGGAAAGGGGGUUUGCUGUGAUCUGGACUGAGGCGGAUGAGACCAGCGACCAUUGUUCCGUUCCGCCUCUCCUCGCCUUUUACCAGGCUAAAAACAAGAGCCCGAAGCGGCUUCUGGCUACCAAACGGAGCUAACGACGCGAGCUGGCGGAUAUCGUCACGUUUUUUUUGUUUUUUUUUGUGUCCCCUCUCGACGUACUCCCAACCCGAGUGGUGGGGUCCGCUCGGGUUUGUCAGUCAGCUGCUAAAUGGAAAUAAAACGAGGAGCUGAAAAUGGCAGCAGUCGAGCUAAUGACCUCCCUGUGCAUUACCUCCGCCUCCUGGCCCCGCCAUUGCAGCUCCUGUCAGCUGCAAUGUGGCGUGUCGUGCAGCAGGGACUGGUGGACCACUACGGCAUGCUGGAGGAGUUUGUUACCAUGGUGACGGAGCUGGUCCCCGAGCUUAUGAGCUACAGCCAGAGGGCUCAGCUCACCCUGGGACUAAGGGCCAGGCUGGUUCUGGAGUUGUGUCGAGGUGAGCAGCCAGCGGACAUGCGGACCAUGCAGCCCCAUCUGGACAGAAUCAAAGCUCCUGUCAGCACAGCCAAGGAUCACCAUAGUACCAUAGACCUGGUGGAGGAAUCUGAGGUGAACUUUGUGGAGCUAGUGCACUCCUUAUUGGAGGAUCCAAUGGAGAGGAAGUACUUUUUUGAGGAGAUCUUUCCUGUGUACUUUGGGCCAAAGUAUGAUGCAGCACUCGAGAUGUUGGUGUGGGAGUUUAUUUCCAGACUGGAGGAACUGCUCCCGGUCCCCGACUUCACACAGCUGGCAGCUUUGCUCGGCGACGCUCCGUCCUUCCUCAGCGACUGUUUACAAUCCUUUUUCCCGCCAGCCGACAUGAAGGCUCUACUUGAACACCACAGAAACCUUGGUCAUUUUGAGGAAAAAGAUCCAAGGUUAUUACCUAUGGACGACUGCAUCCUCACCUCGAUGUCCCUGCCUCCUGGGACCAAAGCCGCCACGGACACUACCUCCUACUUGCCCGCUCACAGAGACCCAAGGCCCUCGGAGCACCACGCCCGCCCCGACGCGCCCGCCAACACGAGCACCCCAGAGAUGACGAGAAGGUGGCCUCGAGACUUUUCUAACGAGAACAGGAAGGUGAAUUCCUGCGACGAAACCAUAGACCUUACGACGUCCAACGAUCCAGAGCCCGAUGAGCUCAGCCAAAGCUUCAGAGGGGGUCGGGCCCUCAGAAAGAGGAAGCUGAGCGGUGGCGUGGAGACACCCGCAAAGCAGCGGAUGGAAGCGUCAUCAUUCUUAGAGUCCUCUGUGGAUGAUGAGAAUUCUGGUGAAUCUCCCUUAAUCUCCAUAUGGGGCGAUUAUACAGAAGCUCCUGAAGGUCCUGCCACGGCGGCGAGCGACCCAAAAGUUCCCUGGACGGAAGAGGAGACUCUCCAUCUGCUCGACAUUUGGGGGAAUGACACGGUGCAGCAGGCUUUGAAGGGUUGCCUGAAGAACCGGCACAUUUACGUCCAGAUCGCCCACACAAUGGCCGAGAGGGGCUUCAAGAGGACGGUGGAGCAGUGCCAGACACGCAUCAAGCGCCUGAAGAAAGGCUUCCGCCAGAAUAAGGGCACCUCCCGAGUGGAGCAUACAUUUUACGAGCACAUGAAGCGGGUGCUGGGAUCGCCGGCCGCGUCCGCCGCGCCAGAUUUGACGUAUGACGUCGACGAGGUUAUCGACGACGAGGAGUCUCAGGACGGUGACGAGGACUUGCAGUUUGUGGGGCAGACCAGUCAGGAAAUGGGAACUAGAAAUGUGCCAUGGACAGAACCGGAAACGCUGGCCCUCAUCAACACGUGGGGCCAGGAGAAGCUGCAGCAGGAGCUGAGAGGAACAAACAGAACCAUGCACAUGUUCCCUAUCAUCUCCACACAGAUGGCCGCGCAGGGCUUCUCCAGGACGCCCGAGCAGUGCCAAACCAGGCUGAAGAGGCUCAAGUCCAGUUUCAGGCAGUGCUACGAAAACAACAUGAAGGGUCUGGAGCAAGUUCAGUGCAAGUUUUAUAACGAGCUGGCAAGAUUUUUAUUGAAAGAACACCGCUCAACGCCGCAAAUGAAUGAGACGUCAGCAGAGACCGACGACAACGACUCGCCCUCCUGCUCCGUUCAGGACGUCGUGUCUGUUGUCAGCCUCCAGGAUGACAGGAAGAAAGUCCCCUGGGCUGACAAAGAGACCAUCAUCCUUCUGGAGCUUUGGGGAGAAUCGCAGAUCCAGCAGAACACUAAAGGUUUUCCGCCCAACGUUCACAUUUUCAGUGAAAUAUCAGAGAAACUGUCCGUCCACGGUUUCACUCGCACCGCCGAGCAGUGCCACACCAGAAUCAAAAGACUCAAGACCAAUUACUGGCAGUGUCGAGACAGCAUGAGCUCGUCCGGGACCGAAAAGCUCAAUUUCAAAUUCUUCAAUUUGAUGGAACAAAUCCUGGACAAGCGUCCGUCCACCUCCACCGCUGUAGUCACAGACCCCAUUGAAAUAUCAGAAGACUCCAACGGCGACUCUGUGACUGAAACGGAGGGAGAAGCGGGCGUAGCCAUCAGCUCGUGGUCGGAUGAGGAGACCUCGGCACUGAUCGACAUCUGGGGAGAAGAGGAAGUGCAGCGCUCGCUCACGGGUUUCGUCUCCAACGGACACGUUUACGCCGAAAUUUCCGGGCGGCUGCACGACCUCGGCUACGCCAAAACCCCGGAGCAGUGCCACGAGAAAGUUAAGAUGUUGAAGAGCAACUUUCUCAAGUGUUACGAAGGGAAGAAAUGCGGAAGGCGAGUGGAUGACAUUCUACAAGUGAAGUUCUACAACCAGUUGGAGCAAGUGUUCGGCACGGACGUGGUUUCGCUAGACGACUGCGACGAGCAGGAUGCGGGGACGCUAGACCCUCUGAACACGCCAUGGAGCGAGCAGGAAACGGAGGCCCUGGUGGAGGUGUGGGCCGCCGACGACGUGCAGCACAGCCUGAAGACCUGCAUCCGCAACGGGCACGUCUUCGUCGACAUAGCCAAGAGGCUGGCUGCAGUGGGCUACGUCAGGAGCGCCGAGCAGUGCCAGGCCAGGAUCAAACGGCUGAAGAAGACCUACAGGCGCCACUGCAACAGCCGCAGAAAUGGCCGAUCCGGAGCCUUUCGCUACUUCAACCUCCUCGCUCCGGUGCUGGGUGAUGAUGCCCUCUUUGAUGAAGUGGAUACUUCGUCGUCUUCUGCUUCUCUAACCUUGCCGCCCUUUGAAGAAACCUACGCAGACGUCUACGAGCAGCCCUCCACCAGCCACCUGGUGCCCGACCCGAGCAGGAAGAUGCCGUGGUCGGACCAGGAGACGCACACCCUGCUGGAGAUUUGGGGCGAGGACAACGUGCAGCUGACCCUGAGGGGUUGCCUGAAGAACCGCCACGUCUUCGAGUUCAUCUCGGAGAGGAUGAGCAACCGGGGCUACGCCAGGACCACGGAGCAGUGCUACACUCGCAUCAAGCGCCUUAAAUACGGCUUCCUCCACGAAAAGCAGGAAUUUAAGUUCUUCCGAGAAAUGGAGGAAAUCUUCAGUCGGGAGUUAAAGUUGGACGCGUCGGUCGCAGGCAUCCCGGUCCCGGACGAGCCCGACAGCGGCACGUACGAACCCAUCAGAGGUAAAGCGACCAAUUCGCAGAGCACAGCAGACCUCCCCCAAAGCUUCAUGAUUCCAAUCCGUCCCCCUCCAGAUUUUGUGUCCCCGGGCAACCAGUGGCUGUCGGACAACUCCAAGCAUCCGUGGAGCGACGGCGAGACGGAGGUGUUGCUGAGCGUGUGGGGGAGCGAGGAUGUGCAGGAGAACCUGAAGGGCUGCACCAAGAACAAGCACAUCUUCAUGCAGAUCUCUGACGCGCUAGCCAGCCACGGCUACCAGCGCACGCCCGAGCAGUGCCAGACCCGGAUCAAGAGGCUCAAGUACAGCUUCCGGCAGUUCCUCGACGGCAGGAAAGGAGACAAACAGGAGUGCAAGUAUUUUGACCAGCUGGUCAAGAUAUUUGGCGACAAGUACAUCAUCUCUGACCAGCAGCCCGACGAUGUGGCUGAUGUUUUUGAGUCGUAAAAUAAAAGGCACUUUGUUGCCGUGCCAAAUACUGGAGCCACAAGGAGGUCGAAGAAGAAUGUUCAACCGGGACGUUCAUGCUGAAAAACUGUGACGUCAUCGUAUGCGCUGAUGCCAUAUUCGGGCGCUUCCGCCCACCCCCCAGCCUCACCCCAAUCCCAAACCAAGACGCUCAGAAGGGACGCACGUGUGACCGUGUCCUCGCAUGAUGCUGGUCUUCCUUCGGGAACCGCUGACCUUUUUCCAAACAAAUGUCCACUAUCUUUUUUGUACUUGACGACACUUCACGAGUCCAAUCUAUUACCUUUCUACUUCAUUUUAUACACUAUUGUUGUAUACAAUUUUAAGUGCUAAAGAAUGAGAUACAUUCUGUUUCUUAAUCACGUCAGACGUCUUAAGCAGAGUUCUAUUUAUUUAAAACGUUUCUGUAUGUGAUCCAAAGUUUUAUAGCUAAUUUAUUUGUUUGUUUUUUCACCGUCACUGAGUUUUCUUUCUUUCUUCUCAUGCGUAUGAUCGUUUUUUUUUUUUUUGUUUUGGGUUUUUUUUUUUUUAUCAUUGGUGAAAAGCUGGUUUAAUUUCAGGAUAUAUUGCUGUAAUUUGUCAUGUUAGAAUUUCAAACUUUGUACAGCGGGAUCAUUAUAAAUAAAGCGCCCUCAAGGGAAAAAAACGGUUUGUGACUCAAUUACAAACUGAGUGAAAUGCCGCCGUCUUGUGGCCAAUCGGAAGAGUUACAUCUUAGGUGGGCAGUUUUUCCUGAACUGUUGCUGCACUUAGAACAUUUCGUAGUAUAUUACAAAUCGCAGUUCUAUCGCGCAGUAGAUUACAUGGCAAGCGACUGCUGCUCGACACAUUUCGACAAGGCCAUUAAGAAGGUGUCUCCACCUCAGUCCUGUUCUCGUCACUGGUGAGCCACACAGACAGUCGGAGAGAUAAAAAUGUCAUGUUUGAAUUUGUUUCAGCAAAUAAAGAUGAGCAACCAGCAGGAGGCUUAAUUCCUGUGAUGAUAUCAUGGUGAAGGUGGAAACAUGUUACAACACCCAAAAUGGAUUAAUUUCCAAUGGUGAGGAUGGUAAAAGAUUGUGCUCCACACUAGACCUCAUUGUUAACUCGCACACUCCAGGCUUAUUGAAGAAGCAAGUUUCUGAAGUCUGGUUCAAGUUGUCAGUUUCCCCCUGUAUGCUCAUCUGCGUUAAAGACAAUCUUCUGAAGGAGCGUAAGGACACAUAAGAUGACUUGCAGCAACCAAUCCUGACAUCCUGCUUUUUGUGUGCAGUCUUGACAACCUCUUGGUGACGUCAUCCAGAGCUGCAAGAUGUACGAAGCUGGCCUGUUGCCAUGUCUGCUGGGUUGAACACGCUGCAAAACAAAUGAUGCCUUAAACAUUUUAACUUCUUUCUCCAAAGCUGCAGUCAGGACCCUCAACAAGGUACUUCAUUUUCCUCGUGAGACCCUCACGUGAUGGGUUUCCCUUCGACUAAUGUCCACCAGGUAGUGCUGAAGAAUCUCUUGGCCCUGAAGAACCCAAGACUUCAUGCGUGUAGUGUGGAGUCACCACCAGCUUUUUAUGGCUCUUUUUAACUGUCAGCUGCAAUGUUAUUUUAAUAAAAUAAGAAAAUAUA